AGGUAGAGCCACAUCCCAAAACAGAAAAGCUUUCAGCCAUUGCGCGCGCCUCCCGGGGGUGCAGCCCGGCUCCUGGUUUUUUUUUUCUUAGACGCACAGGCAAUUGGAUACAAAAAGGGCAGGCCUGCUGCUCCCUCCUUCCACCCUCCUUCCACCCCCCCUUCCUGCCCAGGGUGUGGAGCGCCGGCCAGGUGUGGGCUUGGGUGGCAGGUUACCGCCUUUUGCCCUGGCGGCCUCGAGGAGGGGGGUGGGCGCUUUCUUUUUCUCUUGGAAGAGGGUUUUAGCACAGGUUUUCUCGUUCUCACUUCCAAUCCCACCUCGCCGCCUCCCGACCCCCCUCCUCCCCCUUCCCACCUAUCGUCAUGACGGCGUCUCCGGAUUACUUGGUGGUGCUUUUUGGGAUCACUGCUGGGGCCACCGGAGCCAAGCUGGGUUCGGAUGAGAAGGAGCUGAUCCUGCUGUUAUGGAAAGUCGUGGAUUUGGCCAACAAGAAGGUGGGACAGCUGCACGAAGUACUAGUUAGACCGGAUCAGUUGGAACUGACAGAGGACUGUAAAGAAGAAACUAAAAUAGACGCCGAAAGUCUGUCUUCCGCGCCACAGCUGGACCAAGCCCUCCGACAGUUUAACCAGUCAGUGAGCAAUGAACUGAACAUUGGGGUAGGGACUUCCUUCUGUCUGUGUACUGACGGGCAGCUUCACAUCAGGCAGAUCUUGCAUCCCGAGGCUUCCAAGAAGAAUGUAUUACUACCAGAAUGCUUCUAUUCAUUUUUUGAUCUUCGAAAAGAAUUCAAGAAAUGUUGCCCCGGCUCUCCUGAUAUCGACAAGUUGGAUGUUGCAGCCAUGGCAGAGAGCCUAAACUUUGAGAAGAAUGACUCCAUGUCCCGAUAUGGAGCCUCCCAGGUUGAAGACAUGGGGAACAUAAUUUUAGCAAUGAUCUCCGAGCCCUACAAUCACAGGUUUUCAGAUCCAGAGAGAGUAAACUACAAAUUUGAAAGCGGCACUUGCAGCAAGAUGGAACUUAUUGAUGACAACACAGUGGUGCGGGCUCGAGGUCUGCCCUGGCAAUCUUCGGAUCAAGAUAUCGCAAGGUUCUUCAAAGGACUCAACAUUGCCAAGGGUGGCGCAGCACUUUGUCUGAAUGCUCAGGGGCGGAGGAACGGAGAAGCACUGGUGAGAUUUGUAAGUGAGGAGCACAGAGAUCUAGCCCUACAGAGGCACAAACAUCACAUGGGGACCCGGUACAUUGAGGUUUACAAAGCAACAGGUGAAGAUUUUCUUAAAAUUGCCGGAGGGACAUCCAAUGAGGUAGCCCAGUUUCUCUCCAAGGAAAAUCAAGUCAUCGUGCGCAUGCGGGGGCUCCCCUUCACAGCCACGGCUGAAGAAGUGGUAGCCUUCUUUGGACAGCACUGCCCUAUCACUGGGGGCAAGGAAGGCAUCCUCUUCGUCACCUACCCAGAUGGUAGGCCAACAGGAGAUGCUUUUGUGCUCUUUGCUUGUGAGGAAUAUGCUCAGAACGCCCUGAGGAAGCACAAGGACUUGUUGGGUAAAAGAUACAUCGAACUCUUCAGAAGCACAGCAGCUGAAGUUCAGCAGGUGCUGAAUCGAUUCUCCUCAGCCCCUCUGAUUCCACUUCCAACACCUCCCAUUAUCCCUGUACUACCUCAGCAGUUUGUGCCCCCCACCAAUGUAAGAGACUGUAUACGUCUGCGAGGUCUUCCCUAUGCUGCCACGAUAGAAGACAUUCUGGACUUCCUGGGGGAGUUUUCCACAGAUAUUCGUACACAUGGGGUUCACAUGGUAUUGAAUCACCAGGGACGCCCGUCAGGAGAUGCCUUUAUCCAGAUGAAGUCUACAGACAGAGCAUUCAUGGCUGCGCAGAAGUAUCAUAAAAAAACCAUGAAGGACAGAUAUGUUGAAGUCUUUCAGUGUUCAGCUGAGGAGAUGAACUUUGUGUUAAUGGGGGGCACUUUAAAUCGAAAUGGCUUAUCCCCACCGCCAUGUAAGUUACCAUGCCUGUCUCCUCCCUCCUACACAUUCCCAGCCCCUGCGGCUGUGAUCCCUACCGAAGCUGCCAUUUAUCAGCCUUCUCUGCUCUUGAACCCACGGGCGCUGCAGCCCUCCACAGCGUACUACCCAGCAGGCACUCAGCUCUUCAUGAACUAUACAGCCUACUAUCCCAGCCCCCCAGGUUCGCCUAAUAGUCUUGGCUACUUCCCUACAGCUGCUAAUCUUAGCAGUGUCCCGCCCCAGCCUGGCACGGUGGUCAGAAUGCAGGGCCUGGCCUACAAUACUGGAGUUAAGGAAAUUCUUAACUUCUUCCAAGGUUACCAGUAUGCAACCGAGGAUGGACUUGCACACACAAAUGACCAGGCCAGGACUCUACCCAAAGAAUGGGUUUGUAUUUAAGGGCCCCAGAGUUAGAUCGUCCUCAGAGAAGAAGUGUUUAAAAGACGUAUGGUGAUCCUGAAACUAUCAGACAAGAGAACUUCUAGCAAUUUCAGGGGAUGUUUGUCUACACUCAUGCUGCAGUAUCUCAGCCAGCACAUGAUUGGACAGUAGGCCUGGGCCUUAUCUUUUGAUGGAGUGAAAAAAUAUGGAGCCAGCAAAGCCAAAUCUUUAUAGUAAGCAGUGUGGAUGUACCUGGCUCCUGGCUGAGUGCAAAUAGAAAUUUAAAUGUGAAUGAAGUCGUCUCACUUCCAGCUAACAUGACAUCAUCUAUUUCCUAAGUUGAAGUCUUGGAGUAAAAUACAUUCCACUAGCGUCUACCAUCCACCAUUAAUUGCUCUGGAAGCUUCAUUGUGUAUUCGCACUCCUCUGUUUCCUGUAAAAUAAAACCCUCUUGCUAAGUAAUUUAAGUGUACGUUCUUAGAAUACUUAAAUCCCAAACUAAGAAAAGGAAUAAAAUAAAACUAAUAUUUUCCCAAAUAUUAGUUUUCUUCAGUAGGCCAUCAUGGUGCCUUAUAGUUAAAUAUUUUUAAAACACUUCAGGCAGGCUGGGCCUGUGGCUCGGUAACUUGCCUAGCAUACUUGAGCCCUGGGUUGUAGACCUGCCUCCCUUGUGUCCUCUCCACACGUGCACCUGAGGAUUCCCCUUGACACACACACAUGUUCGCGACUUGUUUGUAAAGGGUUUGAGUGUUUUUCUCAGCAGGUACCAGCUGUAAAUAAGAAUGGAGUAGGGGCCAAAAUUUGAAACCAAAAAUGAAGCAGCUACAUGUAGUUAGUAGUUUCUAGUUUGAGCUGUAACUGAGUGUUUUCAGCUUCAUAUGUAUUAUUUUAUAUUGUACUUUUUUUCAUUGUUAAUGGUUUGGACUUUAAUAAGAGAAAUUCCAUAGUUUUUAAUGUCACAAAAGUAAGUCUAUUUGAACAGUGUAUUCCAGAAAGCAAUAUACUAACCAAAGUAAAUGCUUGUAUAUAUUGAUAGCCCUUUUUUCUCUAAUGCCUCAACUGUCACGUAAUUAAACCCUUUAAAAGUGUAGGCAUGCUUGCCUGAGGUAAACACUGAUACAGUUAGAGCAGCAGCUGCGCUCAGUGUUUAGCACAGCUUGGGUAGCUGUGUAUGUGUGCCAGAGUGCAGUAUUUGGCACUAGCUAAUACAGUUAGUUGCCGGAUAACGCAAGGGGAAAGUGAUUUGAUUAAACGCACACGUUUCUUUGUUACUCUUGUUCUUUGCUUGGAUGCAAUGCCUAGGUUGUGGCUGUUCUUUUUAGUUUGUAUCAUCACCUUGACUGCAGAGUCAAGCGUUACCCUCUAACUUGUCCAACAAUAGCCCUUCUACUGCAGUGGGAAGAAAGAAGAAAAGGAUUUGGUGUGAAAAUUGGUGAGAUCUGGCACUUGAGAUAAACAAGAAAAAAGUUUCUCCUUGAUGCCUUAAGCCACUCCUACCCUAAGCUCUGAAGGACUAAGAUGGCAGACAUGCUUACCAGAGUACUACUGCAUCUUUUUGUAGAAUUGUUACAUUGAUAAUAAAACUUGCCUGCUUAGUCUCA